GCAAUAUCUUCCCCUCACUCUUUUGGACUCUUCCACUUAUCCACAAACAUUCCCAUCCAAAUUCCGCGUUACUUGCUACUGUUUUGUGUGGCCUCAAAAUCCCACGGAAACAUUCCCAACCUGAUGCCCCCAGUCCCCUGAAUUCUCCCUUUCAAUUCCGAUUUCGCCGAAUCGAGAAUCUUCCUCUGCAACUGUUUCGUUGAACCAGAAAGAUUUCAUGAGCAGUUGCCCGCCAAAUUUUCAUUCAAAUUGUCUUCUCAUUGCGAGUUUUGUUUCGAUGAAUUGUUAGCGGGGGCUUGGUUAGUGAUCGAAAUGGAGCGAUUUUCGCAGCGGGAGAGCCUUCUUCUGGGCUACAGUCCUCAGAGUGCGUUCGUCAACUCCGGUUCUUCUUCCCACACUCCCACCAAAAACUCGGAAGUUGAUUUUCAUGACGUUUUUGGUGGCCCGCCGAGGCGGCCGUCCACUAACGAAAUGAGGUACAGCUUCAGCGAAACUACCGAGAGCAGCGGGUUGAAAAGGGAUGCUUAUGACGACGGCGAUGAUGAUUGGUCCGGUUUGAUUGAGAAGCCGGUGUUUGGGGAAGGGUCUGUGAAUAGAAGACGGACGCAGAGCGAUGACUUCUUUGAUGACAUCUUUAAAGGCAAUCAUUCUGUCAGUUCAAGUCCCAGGAGGCUUCAGAGGGACCCUUUUGCUUCGGCGCCAGGUUCCCAGGUUCUAAGCCCCGCCCACCCCCUGCUGCACAAACCCGAGCCCUCUGCGGCUUCUUCACUGCCUGCACAAUUCAGCCUCCCUGACGGAUUUAGCAAAGGGGUGGUGGACCUGCCUGCGUUUGGUUCUGCUGCUCGUACGAGCUCUCUUUCGAGAUUUUCGAACCAAGCAAUUGAUGAGGAGUUGAGAAAUGAUAUUCGAUCCAGUACUCGCCAGAGCUCCUCAUCCCGAGAUUUUUCUCUUGUUGGUGAGGGGUCCUCAAGCUUGGCUACAUCUGAUAAAGCAGACACAGGAGUGAAUUCGGAACAGGAUUCAAAGAGUUCGGAAAAUCCAACUUCUAGCAGUCCGUUUCAGUUUCAUUUCUCAAUUUACAGGUGGGCAAGCAAAGGAGUGCCAAUCGUGAUACCUCUUAGGGGACGGAAUGGUUCAAGAGUGCAGGAAAGAACCAAAAAUGAAGAAGAUUCGAGCACUAAGGAAAGCGCUGCUACUGAGAGUACGCGGAGGGAAUCGCCUAAAUCCACUCUGCCUAUUACUGAUUUUCCCUCCAAUGAGGAUCCACUCGCCGAUGCUAGGUCCCCUACCAUGGAACGAAACAUUCAAGAAAAUGACUUGCUUCUUGAUGAAAUCACUCCUGAUAAAGUCGAUCCACAACAAUCUGUUGAGAAAGCAAUUCUUCCCGUAACUAAAUCAGGAACCGUCAGCAGCCUUCAUGACAUUACUGGAGAUGUUUCCGGUAAUACCAUCUCAUUCCAUAAAAGUGAAGAUAUAGAGCCUCAUCCUUUACUGAAAACAGCUUCUUCUGAAGACCGACAGAAAGAAAUUCCUGCGCUUAUGGAACGAGUUCACGAGCCUGUUCUAAAUCCUGUUCCUUCUUUGUUUUUUGAUGAAGAUCUUCAACAAGGCAAUGAUGAGGUAACUAAAACGAGUAGUAAAAAGGAAAUCAUGGUUAAAGGCACCAAAAAAUCAUCUGCAGAUGUUGACACUGAAAAAACUGCAAAACAUCAGGACAGAAAAAGAAGUUCCUCGACUAAAAUUGAAGUUAUUAAAGCAAGUUUCCAAGGUUCACCGAAGAACUCAAGAGAUAAUCUCGGGAGAAGCAAAGUUAAGGGUAAGGUGAAGGACUUUGUUAAAAUGUUCAACCAAGAAGUUUUGUGUAAACCCACAUAUGAUGGUAGGAAUCUUGGAAGUCACAGCUCUAGAACAAUGGAGAAAGGCGCUCCCAAAGCAGAGAAUGAAGCGAGUAUUACCGCAACAAGGAUGAACAACUACUUACAAAGGUCUGAUGUGAAAAACACAUUUUCUGAUGCUUCCGUCAAGAUGAAGGAAGAUCUCAAACAGUUAGAGAAAGAAUAUAGUGAAUCAAGGACCGCUAGCUUUAUGCUUAAUAAUGCUCCCGUGCAGGACAUCCCUGCAUCAAGUACCGGAUCAGUUCCCGACGGAUCCAAGCCUAUAAUUGAAGAUGCAGAUGAGUCCUUUCCGGAAACUUUCCAGAUGAAAGAAGUAACUCAAGAUGAGAAAAAAGAACUGCCGCCACAACCUGGCAACAAUCGUGAAGAAUUCCAGGCGAUUGAUACUACGAUACGACAGUGGUCAAGAGGGAAGGAAGGAAACAUUCGCUCGCUGCUGACUACUAUGCAAACUGUUCUUUGGCCCGAGAGCGGUUGGAAGACGGUACCUCUUGUAGAUAUAAUCGAAGGAAAUUCCGUUAAAAGAGCGUACCAAAGGGCGCUGCUAUGUUUGCACCCAGAUAAGCUGCAGCAGAAAGGUGCUACUUCACAUCACAAAUAUCUUGCAGCAAAGGUUUUUGACAUCUUGCAGGAAGCCUGGGAUCAUUUCAAUUCACUUGGAUCCCUAUGACAAAUUUUACGUUGUAGCCACGUGUCAGAUUAUGAUUGGUCGAGUUCUUGUUCAUUCAACUGCACGUAAUUAAAUCGAAUAUAUACACUCAUGUAUAUCAUUUUGAUUGCAGAGAAUGCUACAUACAAUUGAUUUGUAAAUACAAAAACAAAAAAUAAUGUUUCUUCCGAAA